UUUCUUUGAAAUGACGAAUUUCGAUAAAAAUUAGGGUUUCUUUUUUUGGGGGAAUUUUCUAAUUUUUCGUUCGAUGGAUACUGCGGGAACUCAUAAGCAAUCAUUUGGUCAGACGGAGAUCAAUUGGGAUAAGCUCAACAAAACCAAGUUCUACGUUGUUGGAGCUGGGAUUUUUAGUGGGAUCACAGUAGCGCUUUACCCGAUUUCAGUUGUGAAAACGAGGAUGCAAGUUGCUUCACACGACUCUGUAGAACGAGGUGCCGUUUCUGUGAUUAAAGGCUUACUAAAAGCGGAUGGAAUUCCCGGUUUGUACAAAGGAUUCGGCACUGUUAUAACAGGCGCAAUUCCCACCAGAAUUAUAUUUCUAACUGCAUUAGAGACAACGAAAGUAGCUGCUUUUAAGGUUGUCGAACCUCUCAAAUUGUCUGAGCCUACACAAGCAGCUUUGGCAAACGGAAUUGCAGGCAUGAUGGCAUCACUAUGUUCACAAACCGUGUUUGUUCCAGUCGAUGUGGUAAGUCAAAGAUUAAUGGUGCAAGGAUAUUCAGGCCAUGCGAACUAUAACGGUGGCAUGGAUGUUAUUCGUAAGGUUCUAAAGACUGAUGGUAUUCGUGGAUUAUACAGAGGAUUCGGUCUAUCUGUUAUGACUUAUUCCCCGACUAGUGCUGUGUGGUGGGGAAGCUAUGGAGCAAGCCAGCGCUUCAUUUGGAGAGUAUCGGAUGAUGUAAUUGCAACUCCAAGCCAAGGGAAAAUAGUGUUGGGUCAAGCUGCCGGAGGGAUUUUUGCUGGUGCCACUGCGUCGUGUAUAACAACCCCGUUGGACACUAUCAAAACCCGUUUGCAGGUAACGGUGAACGAAAAAAGACCUACAGCAAGGCAAGUAGUUAGAAAUUUAAUUGCUGAAGAUGGAUGGACUGGAUUUUACAGAGGACUUGGCCCUCGAUUUUUCAGCAUGUCAACUUGGGGAACUUCGAUGAUUCUAGCCUAUGAAUAUCUCAAGCGCUUGUGCGCGAAAGAUGAAUAGGCUCGUCGUCACACAAUGUUCUAAAAGAUUUCAAUUUGACCUGUCAUAUAGAGAUUCAACUUUGGUGAACAGAAAAUUACAGAAAAAAUGUUGGCUUUAUUGAUGAACAAGUUAACUGAAAUAUAGGCUUCGAUUAUCGCAGUGGAAAAUUCGACAAACUUGGCAGCAGAAUUUGAUUUUUUUUGCCAAAUUGAAAAUAUUUGGCUCCUUGAUUCUUUUCAGUGGAUACUCAGGUUUUUAGUUAUUUGUAAUGUUGUAUAAUUGAUCAAAGAAUUGUAUGUUGUGUAGUUCCACUUCUAAGUCCUAAUGCUAUAGGCUAUGUUUGGAAAGAUUUUCAAGUCCCAUUUCACUUUGUUAUAUGGGGUUAUACAAGUAAUUUAAGAAAAUAAUUUGAGAAAUAAAUAUAAUGCUUGUUUGUAUU